GCACAUGGGCUCCACAGAGCUUUAUGCAGUACUUUCUCGAUUGACCCAAAAUCCCCAUUUCCAUUCUUCCUCUUCCUCUCAACUCAAACUAUUCUCACCUCACUCCCACCUCCCAUGGCGUUCGCUCACUUCCUUCCUCCCAUUCCCCUCGAAACCUCAACCCACCCAAAAACUUCGAUUCCCGCAUUGUCUUCUUCCGAUCGUCUCUUUUCUCCACCUUUCUCCUCUCCUUUUCUCAGGUCUAGAGCUUCUCCUCAAGUCUCUAUCUUUAACGGCCUCCGUCGGAUGGGUCUUAUGGCAAAAGCUCAGUCUCAAGAAGCUGAUGUGAGCUCAGCUUCUGCUGAUGCCUUUACUGGGUUCAAGCAUUUACUCCUGCCAAUUACAGACCGAAAACCGUUUCUUUCCGAGGGAACAAGACAGGCUAUAGGAACCACUGCUUCUUUGGCGAAGAAGUAUGGGGCUGACAUCACUGUUGUGGUUAUUGAUGAGAGGCCGAAAGACUCAUUGCCAGAGCACGAGAACCAGCUCUCUAGCAUCCGAUGGCAUCUUUCUGAAGGUGGAUUCCAGGAAUUCAAAUUGCUAGAGAAACUAGGAGACGGGACAAAGCCAACAGCCAUCAUUGGUGAGGUUGCUGAUGACCUUAAUCUGGAUUUAGUGGUUAUAAGCAUGGAAGCCAUUCAUUCCAAACAUGUGGAUGCAAACCUACUGGCUGAGUUCAUUCCUUGCCCUGUCAUUCUUUUACCAUUAUAAACUGUUGUAACAUUUCAGAUCUAAGGGAUUUAACUUUGAUAGCAUCUUUGAUCUCCAUUUCUUUGCUCAGACUAACAAAGAGAGAGAGAGAGACCUUUUGCUAUCUGUGUCAUGUGUCAUGCUUGCUUGGUUUGAUUGGAAAUGGUUUGUGUUUUGUUUGUAGUAGCUGUGUUUGGACUUUGUGGAGAGUUAAAAACUUAAAUAAAACAUGGCAGUGGCUCCAAGAUAA